GCAGGUCGGGUAGUGACAGCACUCCUCUGCGGCGGUAGCGCUGCUGUGAUGAAGUGCGGAAGAAACCAGGGGAAUUCCUAAGAGCUAUCCACCUACAUGAACAGCUUAAAUUGUGGUACCUUAACAAGCUUGCGUGUAAGGCGCAUUUAUAUUGAAUAUGGUACCGGAAUUCGGGAGCCAUUGUUAAGCAGUAACAUUGCAGUGUUUGUGAGUCAACGCUUUUCUGCCGCCUCAACAAGUCUUCCGCACUCAGAGCAACGCUAAGUUGGCUAUCUGUUUUGCUAGCUAGCUAACUCGGCUAAAGCUUUUUGAUACGCGUAAAGCCUACCAGGUUCUAGGUCAUGGUCCAGCCCCAGCCUUACGGGGACAGUGCCUUCCAGUGGGACAUGGCAGGAGAGGAGGCUGUAGGGCCUGCCAGCCAAGGCUCUCUAACAUCCAGUUCUCAAGGAUCACUUAGGGUGCCACCUGAAUUAGCUGGACAUGAAGUGGUCAACAGACUUCUUUUGGAUAACCACCAGUUACGAGAGGCACUAAAGAGGAGCAAUGAUGCCCUGAGAAACAGGUGUGAUGAGAUGGAGGGAUGGCAGCGAAGAUCUAGGGAGGAGAGAGAAUUUUUGAGUGGCAAGUUUCGUGAGGCACGGGCUUUGGUUGAGCGACUGGCUCAAGAGAAUAAAAAUUUGCUGGGCAAGCUCAACCUCAAUGGCGGCCAUGUAGCAUCUCAAGGCACAGCUGUUGUCACAGAGACAACAUGUCAAAGCCGGAGCCAAGAGAGUUCUUGUGCAGAUAGUAAUGGACUGCUGGAGGACAAUAAUGUCUUAGCCGUUAUUGACCGUAAGGUUGAUGCAGAACAAGACACCGACAGACAGACAAUGCCUCGAAGUUUGCCUAAUGAAGGCUCUAAUGAAAUCCUAAGGAUGCUGAGGGGUCACAAAGAGAAGCUAGAGGAAGGAAUGAGAGAGCUUAAGAAAAAAAAUGAGGAACUGGAGAAGGAGAAUAUGGAGAGUAAAAAAGAGAAGGAAUGCCUUCUUCUUACUGUGGACCAGCUACGCUUCAAACUGACACAGCUUACGCAGACUGGUGCUGUUACAGAUGAUACAAAUGCGUAUGUCUCUCCAGAAAGGUAUAGAGAGCUUCAGGAAAAACUGAAUCUACUAGAACAGAACACAAUGCAAAGAGAUAGAACCGAGGCUCUACUUAAACAGAAAGAGAAGGAGAAUAUUCAGCUGACCAAAGACAGUGAAGCUCUGAGGGCUCAGGUCACUUCUCUACUCGGUGAACUGAAAGAACGCCAAACAUCCCUGGACAAGUGUGAAGAUGAGAAAAGACGUUUAGAAGAAAGGCUGUGCGCUAAGACAGAGAACCUGCAGACUUUAGAACGUGACAUGGAUGAGCAAAAGAAGCAGCAUUGUGUGACCGUGGACAAGUUACUUUUGCAGAAGCAGGACCUAGAGGCAGCACUGAAAAAAGAACGUACUGUCAUUGUGGAGGAGAGGAGGAAGCUAGCUCAACUCCAGCAUGCUUACACCUGUCUCUUCCAGGAUUAUGACUCCAAACUGAAAAAUGAAAAGCUAGUCAAUCACAGGAGUGGAGAAACAGAGACGCUUACUCUCAGACUAGAGGAAGCUGAGAAAGCCCUCGCCCUAAAACAAGGUCAUAUCGACAAACUCAAGGAAGAAUUGGAGCAGCAGAGGAUCUUACAGGAGACCAUUGAUGUGCUCACGCAACAGGCGGAGAUCUACAAGUCAGACUUUCUUGCGGAGAGACGAGCACGAGAGGAGCUUAACCAGAAGAAGGAGGAUCUGCAGGAAAAACUGAAUCAAACACUGACUGAACUCAAUCUCCACAAACAGGAGAAGAUGCAGCAAAGGCACAUGGAUAGCUACAGACCCCCACACAUGCCACCUCCUGCAGUAGCACCAUCAAUUCGCCCUGCCCCUGAGCAGCCUGAAUACCAAUGUCCAAAGUGUCAGUACAAUGCUCCAGACAUGGACACUCUGCAGAUUCACGUCAUGGACUGUAUCCAGUGAGAAGAGGAGAGGCGCCUUUUGAGAAUAAUGAGCAUGAUCUUCAGAGAGGGAAUCUCUGAAUGCAAUCAAAGCAACUUUAGCGUAAACAAUCUAAGCACAGAUGAAUCGAUGAACAGAGUUAAAGUUUGUAAAAGAGCAGACCUGAUGAUUGUCUUUGCAACUGACCAAGAAAGAUGAUACUGUAUGUAGCGGCUGCAAUGGACAUUUUAUUUUGGGGAGCUGUCCACAGUGUACUAUUUUACAUAGUAUGUUAGUUAUCUGUUAGACAAGAUGUGUACUGCCUUUUUGUGACAGUGACAUGUAAUGUACUGCACGCGUUUUCGAUGUACAGCACAAGGCUAUCUGUGACAAGUCUUUUUUUUUUUUAAAUGUGCUAUGUCUAUCUGAAUGUAUGGAUUCAUAUCUUUGUGUGUUAAUAUUGUCUAUAAUCUUGCUUGAAUGUAAUAAAUACUUUGUACAGA